GAACAUCGAUUUCAUCGAAGUUGGCCUCUCUCUCUCUCUCUCUCAUUGAAUCACUCACGUAGUAUUCUCGUGGAACACCAAGAUCGAUCUAUUUGCUUGCAGAUUGUUCAGUAGACAUGUCUUCUCUAUCAAAUGCACUGCUUUUACCCAACAAUCCGGCGGCUGUUCUUUCCCGUUCAGGCUCUUCUUCUCCACUUAAGAAACUGCAAAUCUCCACUUUGAAGAAGAAGGGAUUCACUGUUCAGGCUUUCUACAGUGAAAGAGAAAACAAUUCCAGUUCGUUUCUUAAUGGCUUUAUAUUGGGAGGAAUUGUUGCUGGUACACUCGGUUUUGUAUAUGCCCCACAGAUCAGUAAGACUCUUGCUGGAACAGACAAGAAGGAGAUAAUGAGGAAAUUGCCCAACUUCAUCUAUGAUGAGGAAAAGGCCUUGGAGAAAAAGCGUCAAGUACUUGCUGAUAAAAUCCAACAACUGAACACAUCCAUAGAUGACCUUUCAGUUCGGCUCCGAACUGAGGAUUCCCCAGAUGAAGUUGAAGUCCUAACUAACGAAGAACUUUAAGCCGCCUACAACAAGAUCUUGAGAGUGAGUGAGUGAGAGGGCUAAAGGAUUCUUUUUUUUCUUUCUAUUGGUUGGGUAAGUUUGUUGCUUUCUUUCUACUAUAUGUAACAUUAGCACAACAACCAAAUGGAAGAGGAUUUUCAGCAACAAACAUAAGCAAGCUACUCUUAUGACCAAAUAAAACAACAAAAAUCAAUUAUAUUA